AUGUCUAAUUACUCGAAAACCGCCAUUUUGUCGGUUUACGACAAAACUGGGUUGCUAGACUUGGCCAAGGGUCUUGCUGAGAACAAUGUGCGCAUUUUGGCGUCUGGUGGUACCGCUCGCAUGGUUCGUGAGGCCGGUUUUAACGUGGAGGAUGUCUCGUCAAUCACACACGCUCCAGAAAUGCUAGGUGGCAGAGUCAAGACUUUGCACCCUGCUGUGCACGGUGGUAUCUUGGCCAGAGACUUGGCCUCCGACGAAAAGGACUUGAAGGAGCAGAACAUCGACAAAGUUGACUUUGUCGUGUGCAACUUGUACCCUUUCAAGGAGACCGUUGCCAAGGUUGGUGUGACAAUCCCAGAAGCCGUGGAAGAAGUCGACAUUGGUGGUGUCACGCUUUUGAGAGCCGCUGCUAAGAACCACUCCCGUGUUGCCAUCUUGUCGGACCCCAAGGAUUACCCUCAAUUCCUCCAGGAGCUUUCCAAGGGCGAUGUGACCCAGGACUUGAAAAACAAGCUAGCUUUGAAAGCGUUCGAGCACACCGCCGAUUACGACGCUGCCAUCUCUGACUUUUUCAGAAAACAGUACUCUGAAGGUCGCACUCAAUUGCCAUUGCGUUACGGUGCCAACCCGCACCAAAAGCCAGCUCAGGCCUAUGUCUCUUUGCAAGAGGAGCUACCUUUCAAAGUUUUGUGUGGCUCUCCCGGCUACAUCAAUUUGUUGGACGCACUCAACUCUUGGCCUUUGGUUAAGGAGCUCUCUGCCUCGCUAAACCUACCAGCUGCCGCUUCCUUCAAGCACGUUUCUCCUGCCGGUGCUGCCGUUGGUUUGCCUCUCAGCGAUGUCGAGAAACAGAUCUACUUUGUCAAUGACAUCGAAAACCUAUCGCCUCUUGCUUGUGCUUACGCUAGAGCUCGUGGUGCCGACAGAAUGUCUUCGUUCGGUGAUUUCAUUGCGCUGUCCAACAUCGUUGACGUUGCCACUGCCAAGAUCAUUUCCAGGGAAGUUUCCGACGGUGUGAUUGCUCCAGGUUUCGAGCCCGAAGCUUUGGAACUCCUAUCCAAAAAGAAGGGCGGCAAAUACUGCAUUCUGCAGAUUGACCCUAACUUCACCCCAGAGUCUCUAGAAUCUAGACAAGUCUACGGUGUCACUUUGCAGCAAAAGAGAAACGACGCCAUCAUCAACAAGUCCUCUUUCAAGGAAAUCGUCUCCUCCAACAAAAACAUAACCGAGCAAGCUGUGAUCGAUUUGACCGUUGCCACCAUUGCCUUGAAGUACACCCAAUCGAACUCUGUGUGUUACUCCAAGAAUGGUAUGAUCGUUGGACUUGGUGCUGGUCAGCAAUCCAGAAUCCACUGUACCAGACUGGCCGGUGACAAAGCCGACAACUGGUGGUUGAGACAACACCCAAGAGUGUUGGGCUUCAAGUGGGCCAAGGGUGUCAAGAGACCUGAGAAAUCGAACGCUAUUGAUUUGUUCGUGACUGGUCAAAUCCCAACCGAAGACCCAGAGAAGUCUGAAUACGAAUCCAAGUUUGCAGAGGUGCCAACCCCACUUUCUGCUGAAGAAAGAAAGGAAUGGAUGGGUAAGUUGAGCAACGUCGCCUUGUCUUCUGAUGCCUUCUUCCCAUUCCCAGACAACGUCUACAGAGCUGUCAGAUCCGGUGUCAAGUACAUCGCUGCGCCUUCGGGCUCCGUUAUGGACAAGGCCGUGUUUUCUGCUGCCGAUUCCUUCGACUUGGUGUAUGUUGAAAACCCAAUUCGUUUGUUCCACCAUUGA